CUCGGGUCGAAUCUCUUUCUCCAGCCAAGCAGUGAGAAAGGGAGGGACAGCACCAAAAAUCCGUCCUUCAAUUUUGAUUUUAACAAUAACUAUUUGUCCGCCGACAUUUACUUUCAGAGCUAAAUUCAGUCGCCAGAAAUUCGGAGGCUCAUUAUUUCCGGCAGAUUUCACGGGACAAAUUGAUUCUUAACUGAAUUCCGGGCUUCUGCUUUAUAUCUCCAGAUCGAUGCUGAGUCGGUGCUUCGGAUCUGCUGAGCGCUUAAAUCUUCUCGAAAAAUCCGUCCAGUGUCGAUUUAAGAACGGCAUUUUCACGUUGGUUUUGGUAUUGUAAGAGAUUUUGUAAGUGCAAAAAAAAAAAAAUGCUGCAAAUGAGUACUAGGAAUGACUUUGUGCCGCCGGGCAGCCAUGAGAAGGAAUGGGAGCUUCGGCCCGGUGGAAUGUUGGUCCAGGCCCGACCCAACCCGGACGAAAACCGUGUCCCAAUACCGACUAUUCGGGUCCGGGUCAAAUACGGGUCGGUUUAUCACGAAAUGCGAAUCGGUUCACAAGCCACAUUUGGUAGUGAGUUGAAGAAGAUGUUAUCUGGCCCGACGGGCCUGCACCAUCAGGAUCAGAAGCUAUUCUACAAGAAUAAAGAGAGGGAUUCGAAAGCAUUUCUCGACAUAUCGGGUGUCAAGGACAAAUCUAAAAUCAUGCUGCAGGAGGACUCGAUUAGCCGAGAAAAACGGUAUUUGGAAAUGAGGAAAAACGCAAAAAUGGAAACUGCUGCGCAAUCCGUAUCGGAAAUCAGCUUGGAGGUAUCUGCACUUGAAUCCGUUAUAUCUAAGGGCGGGAAAGUAGUGGAAAUGGACGUUGCGAACCUCGUCGAUCUCUUAAUGAAUCAACUGCUUAAAUUGGACGGCAUCAUUGUCAAUGGUGACGUCAAAUUACAGAGGAAAAUGCAGGUGGAAAGAGUGAAGAAGUACGUUGAGACUCUAGACAUGCUAAAGAUUAAAAACUCGAUGCACCAAACUCGACCCGUUGACCAGCUGUUGGUCGGGCACUCACUAAUUGACUUGCCUGUCGAACAGCGGUCGGUUGCCUUGGGUGGGCCUGUCGUGAUGACGACUCAAUGGGAAAUGUUCGACUCGGUUCUUGGAGGGUCCUCGACUUCAGAUGGGCUGGCCCGCGUGGCCCAACCGAGUUUUACGUGGGAUUUGCUUUGAGUUAGGUGAAGUAUAGAAGGAAGACUUAAAAGUAUAUGUGCUCUAGUGUGGGUUUUAUUGGAAUUUUGGUUUUGGUUGUUUUGCUUUCUCUGGGUUUGGUUUGGUAUCUAUUAUUAUUGUCUAUUCUUUUCUGUAUUUAGAACUUUUAUUAGUAAACCCUUCAUUUUUUUUUUCUUUACUAUUGAAAUAAAAGGAGGCUUCUAUUGUUAUAUUAGAUGGCUUGUGUUGCCUUCAUGUUGUUGGACUAAUUGAACUUGUAAUGUAUUAAGUAUUCAUCCAUAAUUUAGAAAUCAUUUUCUUCUCAUGUACCA